GUAGUUGAUCUCAAGUAGUUGAUCAAGGUGCUGUUGACCAAUUCGCGUGCGUGUGCGGUGCAGAAAUUCGUAAAGAUUUUUACCCUCUUUUGCCACGUAAAUUGAAUUAAAAGUUGGAUCUCGGCAAGAUGAUAAUAUACACAAACGAAGGCAAUCCCCUGGGACUGUAGCUGCUGAUGCUGGCCAAAUUCGCCAAGCGGUCGGUUCAACUGGUUAAGCUAAAUCUAAAUGAUGCCAAAUUCAAGGAUUUCCUGAUUCUGCCCACACUGGAGCUGGACAAUGGACUGCGUCUGUUCUCGCCCGCAGCCAUCGCCAAGUAUCUGUUCGUGGAUGAGGGCCAGCUGAGGGAUGAGUGGCUGGAAUGGUCGACCACGUUGCUGGCGCCUGCCCUCUCCCAUCACAUGGCCGUGGGACACCGUGCCGAUCCAAACGCUUUAGCGGUGCUGAAUGCUUUGGUGAAGAAGCUGGACGAUUGCCUGAAAGCUACGCCUUACCUAGCCGUAGACAAGUUGAGCGCUGCUGACAUUGCUGUCUGGUCGCUUCUAGCUCCGGAUGGCACUCUCAAGGGCGCGCAGAAUUUGGAGAGCCUGCACGGCUGGUAUAACCGGGUGAAAGCGUUGCCCGAGGUACAGCAGGUGUUGGCCGUACAGCCGCUGAAGGAUCUUAGCUUCAAUGCGCUGCAGCAGUCGAAUCGCUAUGGUGGACUACAUCACGUGCCACUGAAACGUCUUAGCCUGGCGGAUGCGGGAAAACUAUUGGCGGAAACAGCAGUCGCGGACACAGUCACAGAUGAGGAACUAGCCGCAGCAGGAGCUUCCUUUACUUACACAGCCCCCAAGGAUGUCCAGGAGCAACGCACUGUGCUACCCAAAGCGGGCGAACGCAACGUGCUCAUCACUUCGGCCCUGCCGUAUGUUAACAAUGUUCCCCACUUGGGCAACAUAAUUGGCUGUGUCCUGUCUGCGGAUAUCUUCGCUCGCUACUCCCGCAGCGCCGGCUACAACACGCUGCUCAUCUGCGGCACAGAUGAAUAUGGCACGGCCACGGAGAACAAGGCUCUGGCCGAGAACAUGACGCCGCGGGAGAUUUGCGACAAGUACUUUGAGCUCCACAAUUCCAUCUAUCGCUGGUUUGGCAUUGGUUUCGAUUACUUUGGGCGCACCACCACCCAGGAGCAAACAGACAUUGUGCAGGAGGCAUUCAAGGAUGUCCACAGUGCUGGGUACAUCAUCACAGAGAGCGUGGAGCAGUUGCUCUGCCAGAAGUGCGACCGUUUCUUGGCCGAUCGCUUUGUGGAGGGCACCUGUCCGCAUCCUGGCUGCGGCUAUGCGGAUGCCCGCGACGAUCAAUGCGACAAAUGCGGCAAGCUGGUGAAUGCCACCGAACUGAUCCGUCCACGCUGCAAAGUGUGCAACACUGCUCCCAUCCUGCGCUCCUCGGAUCAAUUGUUUAUCGAUCUACCCAAGGCCGAGCCUCGUCUCCGUGAGUGGGUGGACAAGGCGGAGAAUGGCUGGACCCACAAUGCCAAAGUGAUCACGAGAGCCUGGCUGAGGGAGGGCCUCAAGCCGCGAUGCAUCACGCGAGAUCUGAAAUGGGGAAUUCCAGUGCCCCACAGCGGCUUCGAGAAGAAGGUCUUCUAUGUGUGGUUCGAUGCGCCCUUCGGAUACUUGUCGAUGGCUAAGCGCUACACCAAGGAGUAUCAGAAAUGGUUGCAGCCCGCCAAGGGAACUGACGUGGACUCGGUUGUGUGGCCCAGCGUCCUGCUGGCCAUCAACAAGGGACACACGCUCGUGUCGCACAUAAUGGCCACCGAGUAUCUGAACUACGAGGAUGGAAAGUUCAGCAAGAGUCGCGGAAUCGGAGUCUUUGGCAAUGAUGCCCAGGCAACGGGCAUUCAGGCAGAUGUCUGGCGCUUCUAUUUGGCCUCGGCACGACCAGAGGGCCAGGACUCGAGCUUCAGUUGGAACGAUCUGGCGGCACGCAACAACUCUGAGCUUCUCAACAAUUUGGGCAACUUUGUCAAUCGUGCUCUGGUCUUCUGCGAGAAGAACUUCAACAACAUUGUUCCCGAGGUGGUCGCCACGGAAGAGGAGCUCAUUUUGCUGGCCCUUGUCAACCGCGAGCUCCGCGGAUACAUCAAUUCUUUGGAGAAGGCCAAGCUGCGCGAUGGCAUUCGUCAUCUUUUGGCUAUUUCCCGGCAUGGCAAUGGUUAUAUGCAGACACAGCAGCCCUGGGUGCUCCUCAAGGGCAGCGAUGAGCAAAAGAAGCGCGCUGCCACCAUCAUUGGCUUGUGCGCAAACAUUGCCUGUCUGUUGGCUAACCUCCUCUUCCCCUACAUGCCCUCCACGGCACGAACUCUCUUUGCCCAGCUCAACGCCAAACAGACGCCGCUCAAUGCAGAGAAACCCUUGGCCACCUUGCUACUUCCCGCUGGACACAAGAUCGGAAAGCUCGCGCCCCUCUUUGCCAAACUGGAGCAGUCCUUCAUUGAUGAGCUCAAGGCCAAGUAUGGCGGAUCGCAGGACACGAAAGCGGACGUGUAGAGCCAGUCAAGCACCGCAGACCUGGAGCAAGCCGUGCAGGCUCAGGCCGACAAAGUUGAUCAGAAUCUUUGAAUCGACAUUCUUCUUCUUCGAAAUGUAUUCGCCAAUCAUUUUCUUGUCGAGUCCAGGAUUCUCGCGCAGGAAGAGCGCCACUUGCAUGGGAUGAAGAUACUGGAUACCCUU